AUGGCCGACGACUACGUUACGAAGGACCAGGGCAUCCCCGUCCAGGACGACAUCCAAGACGUCGAGGAUCCCGUUGAUGAGGGCAUGGCUGACUCUGAUCAGCAGCUUGCCAACGAUGAAAAGGAGGCUAUCGACCGCUCCAACAUCAUCAAUGAGCGCACUCGUCACGCAAAGCCCCAGACAGACAAUGGAUACAACGAGGGUUCGGAGGAUAAUCUUCCUUAA